AUGAAGCUUCUGAAACCCAGUUGGGUUAAUCACGAUGAUAAACCAAUUUUUUCUGUUGAUAUUCAUCCGACGGGGAAGCGCUUUGCUACUGGUGGACAAGGAGGAGACUCCGGUAGAGUUGUUGUUUGGAACUUAAAUUCUGUAUUGUUUGAAGCUGUGGAGGUAGACCCUAAUGUGCCCAAAAUGCUCUGUCAAAUGGACAAUCACUUAGCUUGUGUAAACUGUGUUCGAUGGAGCAAUGGUGGUCGAUAUCUAGCAUCUGGUGGAGAUGAUCGCCUUGUUAUGGUGUGGGGACUGAGUGUAGCUGCGUCAGCACCUGGCAAACACAAGGCUGAGACAUGGAGGUGUUUAUCAACAUUGAGAGGACAUGCUGGUGAUGUCCUUGAUCUUGCAUGGUCACCAUUGGAUAAAUGGUUGGCUAGUUGCAGUGUGGACAAUACCAUCAUCAUUUGGAAUGCUGAAAAGUUUCCUGAGAUGGUCUGUGUGCUUAAUGGUCAUACUGGUCUGGUUAAAGGAGUUGCUUGGGACCCAGUGGGGAAGUAUUUAGCAUCACAAUCAGAUGACAAAUCACUAAGAGUUUGGAAAACAGCUGAUUGGGCACAAGAAACUGUUAUAACUGAACCAUUUGAGGAAUGUGGAGCAACUCCUCGUUUGAAAAAAGAGGUUGUGCCAAAUCUGUUUUUCUGGAAUUAUUCUCAUCUUAAUGAUCAAAAAAAAAAAAUCGGACGCUAUCAAAAGAGAGAACAAGAAAAGAAAAUUGCAUAUAAUCUUGACAAAAGUUAUGGAACUGAGAAGAAACACAUAAAAUAUAGAAUUAUGUUUUCGUUUCAAAAUAGUACAACUCAUGUGCUGCGGCUAUCGUGGUCACCAGACGGUCAGUAUGUGUUGUCAGCGCACGCAAUGAAUGGUGGAGGACCCACAGCACAGGUCGUCGAACGAGACGGCUGGCGAUGCGACAAGGACUUUGUGGGCCACCGUAAGGCUGUUACUUGUGCUCGCUUCAACAGUAACAUCUUCGUGAAGGAGGGCAAGAAGUGCUGCUGUGCGGCAGUGGGGUCGCGUGACCGUGCGCUUUCCAUCUGGCUCACGUCACUGAAACGGCCGCUGGUGGUGGUGCACGACCUAUUCAGCGACAGCGUGCUCGACCUCUCCUGGAGCUCCGAUGGAUUGAAUCUGUUAGCCUGCAGUUCGGAUGGUACCGUCGCGUGCGUACAGUUCACUAACAAAGAAAUCGGCACGCCCCUCACACUUGAAGAAAAGAAUGCGUUCUACGAGAAGAUAUAUGGGAAAUGUUUAGUAAAUGAGUCUGGUGGUGAUUUGACAUCUAACUUGCUCGUCGAGUGUCCGGAAAUUCUUUUGGCAAGGGAAAAGCAGGAGGCCAAGAAAGAAGCCGCCAAGGAAGAAACUACACCCAAAAGCGAAAAGUCACAAAGCGUUCCAGCGACAACACCUCCAGUAUGUAGCGGUAUCAGUGUCACCCCGAGCGGAGCCCUAAUAAGCACCCCAGUACGUCCCAUUGACAGGCAGAUUGAGACACGAACGUCCGAUGGCAAGCGAAGAAUUACGCCCGUCUUCAUACCGCUCACUCAUGCGGACGCAAACGAGUCGUUAGGAUCUCAGCCUGGGGCUUCAGAAAACUGCUUCAGCACAUCAUCACAGAGCAAAUCUCGCAUACGAGUGGAGCGGCGAGAUGAUAUCGUUAUACAUCCCAAUGUCAGCAACCAUGCCAUAUCUCAGAGCAGUAAGACCAACGACAACGCUUUGGAUCAGCGACUUCGGAAGCGAGGUGGCGGUGCGCUGCCGGGUCCGCGGGCCGAAGAGGUGCAGGCGCACGCGGUGGUAGGCGCGGGCGCGGGCGCGGGCUCUGAUGGCGGCGGGCCGGCGAGCGGCGUAGGCGCAGGUCGGCCAGCGCUGCCAGCGCCGGUGCUGGGCGCCGCUGGGCCCGUGGUGCGUGCGGCGGGACCACUGCGCCUGCAGGUCGUAAAUAAGGCGUGUAACACCCAUUAUGGAACUCUGUCACGAUUGCAACUGAUCCCUAACAACUCUGCAUCCAAUGAUCCUGUUUGGGAAACUUAUCUAGGUUCACCAGUAACGUGCAUCGCGUGCGACGCGCGGUGGGUGUGCGUGUCGUGCGCAGACGGCACGCUGCACGUGUGGCGCCUGGCGCGAGCACACGCUGCGCGCGCUCUGCCUCCGCUGGCACUGAUGUCCCAGGCCGCUAAAAUGACGCUCACAGGCGAUACGCUGUUAGUAGUUACGACAACAGCGGAACUCGCUAUAUGGGAACUUGCGAACGCUUCCUGCGUGAUCAAGCCUUUAUGUUUUAGGAAUUUAUUGUCACAUGGCGUUACAGUUACGAAUUGCUCGCUUUUGGAGGAUGGCAACCCAAUGAUCUCAUUAAGUAAUGGAAAAAGUUAUAUUUACAGCAAGAAAUUAUGUGCAUGGGUGGUGUGGGCGGACGCCAGCGACCCCGUGCGGCGUGCGGGCGGCGGCUGGCGUGCGGUACGCAGCUCGCGGCCCCGUGCACUUCCCGCGUCCCGCGUGCUGCCCGCAGCGCCGCGCACACCAUCCGCGCCCCCGCCGCUGCUGCGCCCGCACGCCAACGUCACCAGCUACAGCGCAGGUGCUGCUAGAAGUUGGCUGGAGGCGCAAGUGGCCUCAUGUCUACAUCUGAGACUGGCAAAAGACUACAAACAUUGGCUCUCUUCACUCUUCAGCCACCUUGUUAAUCAUGGUACGGAAGACCAGUUGAGGAACAUACUGGAUGAUAUGCUCGGACCUAGUCACUGUACGUCGACGCCCAAGAAAUGGCAGCCUACAGUUCUGGGAAUUAAGAAGCAUGAUAUUCUUGAAGAGAUGCUUGCACUUCUAGUCAAACAACUCAGGUGGCAGAGGCUGUACACGGAGUACGCGGAUCAGCUGAAUGACCUAAAGGAAACAGGCAGCAUCAUGAAUGGACAUUGA